CGCAUUUGUUGUGUCCGCACCUCACGGCCGCUGCGCUGCAAUGUCUCCAUCAUCAUCAUCCUCAUCGUUAUUGUCGCCCUUAUGAGGGAUAUUUCCCGACGGAACUCAGCCGUGGCGGGAUCCGAGCUAAUCGCGAGCGUUUAUUCAAUGCUUUGCGACUGAAAGAGACGCUGUUGGAGCCCAGUGCGGGACAGAAAGACGAGUGGAAGGUUGUGAAGCUCUGUGAAUCUGAAAAUGGCCGUGUGGCAGCAGUUUGGAUUGCUUCUGUGGAAGAACUAUAUUCAGCAAAAGCGUCAGAUCCUGGUCACGCUGGUGGAGAUCCUUCUGCCGCUGCUCUUCUCAGCCAUCCUGAUCGUCCUGCGACAGAACGUGUCCUUCAUCAACUACCCCAAUGCAACGCACUACCACAGCUUCCCUUUGAGCGACCUGCCGCCCAUACUGUGCUUCCAGGACCUGCAGCUGGCCUACGUGCCUGCAAACGCCAGCGUGGUGCGGCAGAUCACAGAGGACGUGCAGCAGAGCCUGCACGGCUGCAUCAGAGCCGUGCGUGGCUUUGAAACAGAGGAGCAGUUUGAGGAGUUUGUGAAAACUGACCCACAGUCAGGCAAGAUCUUGGCAGCCAUUGUGUUUGAGCACCAGUUCACACACGACGACGAGCCGCUUCCUCUGCAGGUCAGCUAUCAUCUGCGCUUCACGUACAGCCCCAGAAACGCUCCGGUGCGCGAGAAGUCUGAGCUCAACCCCAACAAUGAUCUGGACUGGCACACACUCAGUCUGUUCCCGCUGUUCCAGCUGCCCGGGCCCAGAGAACAACACGAGCCACACGGGGGCACACCAGGAUAUCACCGCGAGGGCUUCCUGCAGGUGCAGCACGCGGUGGACCGGGCCAUCAUGAAGGCCUACAACAGCACGGCGGCGGUGGCCCUCCUCAAGAGAACCCAAGUGCUGCUGGCUCGUUUCCCUUACCCAGCAUUCAUGUACGACGUCUUCAUCCUGGCCAUCCAGAACCAGCUGCCACUGCUGCUGGUGCUCAGCUUCACCUACACGUCUCUGAACAUCGUCCGAGCUGUAGUACAGGAGAAGGAGAGGAAACUGAAGGAGUACAUGCGCAUGAUGGGUCUCAGCAACUGGUUGCACUGGAGCGCCUGGUUCCUCAUGUUUCUCCUCUUCCUCUCCAUCUCCAUCUUCUUUGUCACCGUGCUUAUCUGCGUCAAGGUGAGUCCUAACGGAGCGGUGUUGACCUACAGUGACCCCACGCUGGUGUUUUUCUUCCUGCUGGUGUUUGCCGUGUCCACCAUUAACUUCAGCUUCAUGAUCAGCGCCUUCUUCUCCAGAGCGAAUGUGGCCGCAGCAGCGGGUGGCUUCAUCUACUUCCUGAGCUACCUGCCGUACGUCUUCCUGUGGCCUCGCUAUGACCUGCUGUCACACGCCCAGAAAGUCUCUGCCUGCCUCAUCUCCAACGUGGCCAUGGCCAUGGGAGCCCAGCUGAUCGGCAUGUUUGAGGGCAAAGGGACGGGCAUCCAGUGGCAUAACCUGUUUGAGCCGGUGACGGUGGACGAUGACUUCUCUCUGGCUCAAGUGCUGGGACUGCUGCUGCUGGACUCUGUGCUGUACGGUCUGGUUGCCUGGUACGUGGAAGCCGUGUUUCCGGGAGAAUAUGGAGUCCCUCGCCCGUGGUACUUCUUCAUCCUGCCCUCAUACUGGUCCGGCAGCCCUCGUGUGACCCUGCUGAAGGAGAAGGAGGAAGAAGAGGAGGCCGAGAAGGUGUCGAAGGGCGAAUUCUUUGAAGAGGAGCCAGCUGGACUGGUCUCGGGGGUCAAGAUCAAACAUUUGGCAAAGGUGUUCAAAGUGGGCAAUAAGACCAAGGAGGCGGUGAGGGAUUUAACGCUCAACAUGUUUGAAGGCCAGAUCACUGUCCUGCUGGGUCACAACGGCGCGGGCAAGACCACCACACUAUCAAUGCUGACCGGCCUUUUCCCGCCCAGCAGUGGUCGUGCGUACAUUAAUGGUUACGACAUAUGUCAGGAUAUGGCUCUGAUCCGCCGCAGCCUGGGCCUGUGUCCGCAGCAUGACGUGCUCUUCGACAACCUCAAUGUCCGAGAGCACCUGCUCUUCUACACACAGGUAGACGCAAAUUGUAAUUGUAAUAGAGCACAACAGUCCGCGCCCACAUUAUUCACGACUGUGGUUCUGAAAGUAUUUUUUCAUUCAUUUUUUACCAUAGUAUCUGAAUUUCACACAGCGCAACGUGUGAGUGAGCUCUCACACUCUUCAGAAACAAUCACAGAAUAUGACAGAGCUCGGCAGAGUGCUGGUUACCACAUGGUUAUAGUAAAAGAUGCGUUUUGUAAUGUGUCAGAGAUCACCCGUCUAGUGCACAUGUAUGUUCCCGACGCCACUCUAGAGAGCAGUGCAGGCGCUGAACUCUCGUACAUACUGCCCAAAGAGAGCACCAGCCGGUUUGAGCUGCUGUUUGCUGAGCUGGAGAUGAAUCGAGACGAGUUGGGCAUCGCCAGCUACGGGGCGUCUGUUACCACCAUGGAGGAGGUUUUUCUCAGGCUCUAUAUGCAGCAGUUCUAUGCUAUGUUCCUGAAGAGGGCGCUCUACAGCUGGCGCAACUGGAAAGUGAUGGUGGCUCAGUUUCUGGUGCCGCUCAUUUUCACUGUGUUGGCCCUCGUAGUGGCCCGCGCCCUCCCUGGAAGCCAAAUCACGCCCCAGCUCCGUCUGGUGCUAAAACAAUAUGGCCCUACUCACGUACCCGUGGCUGUAGACGUCAGUGCUGGGCCGCUGGCUACAGCUCUGGCUGAGAUCUAUGCCGCACAGCUGCCUUCCCAGAAUGCCAUUCCUGCCACUAAUAUAACAGAUUUGUUGGAGUACGUGCUAUAUAAUGCCAUGAGGGAGGGCGGGGCUUUCAAUGAGCACUGCGUGGUGGGCGCGACUUUCAGGGGCCGAUCCAGGAAGAACACUGAGGUCAUCGGCUACUUCAACAACCAGGGCUAUCACACCCCCGCUACAGCACUCAUGCUGGUUGACAACGCUCUCUACAAGCUACUGGCCGGACCCGACGCCUCCAUCCAGACUGGAAAUUACCCCAUGCCCCGCAACAUGUCCGAGACGGCCCAUAGCCAGCUUUCUGAGGGUCAGACAGGCUUCGCCAUCGCUAUAAACCUCAUGUAUGGCAUGGCAUCAUUAGCCAGCACCUUCGCCCUGCUCCUCGUCUCUGAGCGGUCGGUGAAGUCCAAACAUGUGCAGCAGGUCAGCGGUGUCUACCUUUCCAACUUCUGGUUCUCCGCCCUGCUGUGGGACCUCAUCAACUUCCUGUUGCCCUGCCUGCUCAUGCUGGUGGUCUUCCGGGUGUUUUCAGUGAAAGCAUUUGUGGCUGAAAACCACCUGGUGGACGUUCUGCUGUUGCUGCUUCUGUAUGGCUGGGCGGUGAUUCCCCUCAUGUACCUACUCAGCUUCAUGUUCUCCUCGGCCGCCACCGCUUACACGCGCCUCACUAUCUUCAACAUCCUCAGUGGCACAGCCACCUUCCUCGCGGUCACCAUCAUGACCAUACCUGAGCUCAAGCUGGUAGACCUGUCUCACCUCCUGGAUAAGGUCUUCCUGAUCUUCCCGAAUUACUGCUUGGGCAUGUCCUUCAGCGAGUUCUAUCAGAACUACGAGAUCAUCACUUUCUGCACCUCCAGUGACUUUGCAGAGUACAUUUGCAAGUACUACAACAUCACAUAUCAAGUAAACUACUUCUCCAUGGAUGAGCCUGGAGUGGGUCGCUUCCUGGUGGCCAUGUUCCUGCAGGGUGUCGUCUUCAUCGCCCUGCUUUUCUUCAUUGAGCUCCGGUGCAUCCAUGUGCUGCUCAACCUCUGCAGGAGACACAAGAAGAUUUUUCUGUUGGCAGAAGAAGCUCUUCAACCUGAGGACAGAGAUGUUGCGGAGGAGAGAAAAAGAGUUUUGGAGUGCCAGCCAGUGGUUGAGUCCAUGGUGGGCAGCCCACUUAUCCUACAGGAGCUCAGCAAGGUAUAUUCAGGUGGGCAGUCGUUGUUAGCAGUGGACCGUUUGUCUUUGGCCGUUGGGAAGGGCGAGUGCUUUGGUUUACUGGGAUUUAAUGGAGCAGGGAAGACUACGACAUUCAAAAUGUUGACGGGCGAUGAAAGCAUAUCUUCAGGAGAUGCCUUUAUUGACGGCUACAGCAUCCUCCGAGAUGUGAAAAAGGUGCAGCAGAGAAUUGGCUACUGUCCCCAGUUUGAUGCGCUGCUAGAUCACAUGACAGGGCGGGAAACCCUGAGCAUGUAUGCCAGACUGAGGGGCAUCCCAGAGAAAUACGUCACAGCCUGUGUAGAAAACAUCCUGCGUUCGCUGCUGCUCGAACCUCAUGCUGACAAACUUGUCCGCAGCUACAGUGGCGGCAAUAAGAGGAAGUUGAGUGCAGGCAUGGCUCUAAUCGGUGGGCCGCCUGUGAUCUUCCUGGACGAGCCAUCUACUGGCAUGGACCCUGUGGCCAGACGGCUGCUUUGGGACGCAAUUACACGCACCAGAGAGUCUGGCAAAGCCAUCAUCAUAACCUCACACAGUAUGGAGGAGUGCGAGGCGCUUUGUACUCGGCUGGCUGUCAUGGUGAACGGCCAGUUCAAAUGUCUGGGCAGCCCGCAGCACCUGAAGAGCAAGUUUGGUAGCGGUUACACGCUGCUGGCGAAGGUCCGCGUGGUCACGGAGUUAGAGGAGAUGGACCUUCAGCUCUUCAAAGACUUCAUUGAAAGCACCUUUCCAGGAAGUUUACUGAAGGAUGAACACCAGGGAAUGGUCCACUAUCACCUGACUGACAAAACUCUCACCUGGGCACAGGUACGUCUCUAACACAUGCAGUCUAAACAUUGUGAUGAUCCGAAUAGCAUACUACUAUUUCUGCAGUAUGUGUACUGCAGACAGUAUGCAAAU